GCUGUUUUGCUGGGCUCGAAAUAAUUGCCAACUUUCACCGGAGAAAUGGCUCGAGAAUCGCAUCUUCCCACUGAGAUUUUGGACAUGAUUUUCAAGCUCGCUACCAGAGCCGUCACUGUCGACACAUCAUACCAGCCGCUCAGCUGCGAUGUGUGGCAGUUUGAGUCUUCAUUCCCAUCCGCUCCAUCGUGGCACAGGUCAGAACUUGCGACCCACAAAUGUUUGACUCUGGUGUCUCGACGGUGGCGCGAGCUGUCGUUACCCCUUCUGUAUCACCACAUUUCCCUUUUUCAUGAGUUAGCCUUGUCGAGUCUAGUCGGAACGGUUGAGGCAUCGCACAAUGAGCUUGGUGCUCUCAUUCGGCGGAUCGACUUGCUAUUCUCCGAAGAAAGCGGAUUCCAAAAUAAUGACGUCCCAAUUUUGCGGCUGCUGCAGAGCUGUCCCAAUCUCACUGUACUCUUCCAAUCUUUGCCCAAGUCCAUUGGCUCAAGCCCAGGGAAGCUUACCUGCAACCCGCCCAUGAUGAUGCUCGGCACCGCUCAAAAGCUGCUGCUUCAAGCCAGUCUUAUUGGCACUUGUGCCUCGGAUAUGACUGCAAUCCUCUCAUUCCUACAGGUUCAGCGAGAGCUACGCAUUCUGAACCUGUCUUUGUUCCUCGAUGGAGACUGUGGGGUUAGCGCGUUGGACGUAUUGAGUCUGCCGAAACUCCAUACUAUUCGUCUAGACAGCACGUCGCAUUUCAGCGUUGGCUCUGUUGCGAAGGCUUGGGAUGUUCCAUCGCUAAGGAGAAUUCAAGGGCCAUGGGACUACAAAGAAUGGUCCAAAUAUAUCAAUCCUCAUCAGAUCACCUCUGUAUAUGUCGAGCAUGCAUUACGAUGGGAUGAUUUUUUGUGCGUUUGUCCUAACAUCGAAGAAGUGUAUCUCAACCAUCAACCACCGAUCUGGAUAUCAACACAAAAUAAAAUUGUGCGCAUUGGUCUGGAGUUGAAACAGCAGGACGAAUGGGCUAUCAAGGACCAUCUUAUCACAUUCAAGAACCCUACUAUCUACCCAAACCUAUCAGUCAUUCGUUUGAGCAUACAAAAGCCCAUGUUUAAAACUAAACGCCAGGGCGUUUUUUGGGCGUAUUGGGCGUCACGCUGGGAGGCGGCGGACGUCCGGCUCGAAUACAAAAAUGGCCAUUCAAUUUUUCAAGAUAUUCCUGACAAGUUCCGUACAGAGGACGUUGUAAACCAGUACCUCAAGUUGUUCAAGUAGAGGGCGAGUAAAACUCAGAGGCAUGAGAGGUCUUGCAUGGUCUCUCGUACUGUUUGAUCAGCAUUACAGAAGUGGGCCGCCCUCCUGUGUUAACCCCAUGCUUCAAAAUCCAUUAUAUUUGACUUGCCGAUGGUUGGCAUUUUUCAUUUAUAUUGUUCCCCGGGCCAGAGCGCCCGUUGUUGCUUGACCGCAUGUAUCAUCGAAUGUUAAGGGCGUUGCCAUUCGCUAAACAUCC